AUUCAUAUCAAUACCGUAUAUACCUACUUAAUAAAGCUAUCAUUAGUAAAUUACAAUCAUACAAUGUUUUGAUUUUAACAAAAUACUAAAAACCAAAGAUAGUGUAUUUGAAUCCUACUAGACUUAACUUAAAGGUAACAAAUAUGUCUGAAUCGUACGAAUAUCUUUUCAAAUUUCUUGUGAUUGGAAGUGCAGGCACAGGAAAGUCAAGCUUACUAAAUAAUUUUAUCGGAAAUAAAUUCAAGGAAGAUCGAUGUCACACUAUUGGUGUUGAAUUUGGUUCCAAAAUUGUGAACAUCGGUGGCAAAUCAACUAAGUUGCAAAUAUGGGACACAGCUGGACAGGAACGGUUUCGAUCUGUGACCAGAUCAUAUUACCGCGGCGCAGCAGGAGCUCUGCUAGUGUAUGAUAUUACAUCUAGAGAUUCAUUCAAUGCUCUUGCUAAUUGGCUGAGAGAUGCUCGCACUCUUGCAAGUCCUAAUAUCGUAAUUUUGCUUGUGGGCAACAAGAAAGACUUAGAAGAUUCCAGAGAAGUAACUUUUACUGAGGCAAGUCAGUUUGCUCUUGAAAAUGAAUUAAUGUUUUUAGAAACAAGUGCUAAAACAGGAGAAAAUGUUGAAGAAGCUUUUCUGAAAUGCUCGAAAACAAUUCUAGCUAAGAUUGAAACUGGUGAAUUGGAUCCUGAAAGGAUAGGUUCUGGUAUUCAAUAUGGCACAAAUACUACAAAGAGAUUGACUGCUCCAAAGAGGCCAGCUAGAACCCCUUCAGAAUGUGCUUGCCGUGUUUAAAUUAUUUUUUGUUUCAAAUAAAAUUGUAAAUAAAUCAUCCCAAUAAAAAAUUCAGUACACUCAAGUUUCGAGAUAUACUAGUAUUGUAAAAUUCUAUCUAUUGAAGCUUUAUUUUAAUGCAAAAGUUAUCAAAAUGUAUUUUGAAAAUUUCUUAUUCAUGAUAGACUCCAUUUUUUAAAGUUAUCAACAUUUCUUAAAUUACAAUGUUUAAUCAUUAUAAUUACAUACAAAAUUAUUGUUAUUUAUUAGUGAAAUCUGGUGAAGUUCUACUCUGCCCUGCUAAUUGUUUGAAAACUCUUUUCUUGAAACUACAUAUUGUGUAGUUAGUUAACCUAUCUGUGUCUGAAUGACAUAGGAACAUUCAUUUUGAUUAAAUUCCGUAAACUGAUUUUAACAAAACAAGAAUUUUUAAGGGGACAAUGAUUUUUAAAAUUUGAUCUGUUCUAAUGAUUCUCAAAAAGUGAUUAGAUUUAUAAUUUGGAAACUCAUCCCAAAAAU